ACAUUUCCCUACUUCCGGCACAUGGCUACAUUUGACAUUGAGACUGUUUACCGGUAGUCCGACUGUAUUAAAAUUUAGAGACCCAUUUGACGAUUUGUUCCAAGAAGAAGUACCAACGAUGUUGGCGGUGCGGAAAUCGAGGAAACUGAUAGACAUUGGAAUAAGAGUAAAACAGAUUUAUCCACCUACAUUUACAGCACAGACAGUAUUAUAUUCAACUAGAAAACUUGGAGAAGUAGCCGCAAAUGUUGAAGAUAUUCGUAAUAUUGGUAUUUCUGCUCACAUUGAUUCAGGAAAGACAACUCUAACAGAAAGAUUAUUAUUCUAUACUGGAAGAUUGGGAGAGAUGCAUGAGGUACGAGGUAAAGAUCUAGUCGGAGCAAAGAUGGAUUUUAUGGAAUUAGAACGACAGCGUGGAAUAACGAUACAAUCAGCUGCUACGUAUAUCGACUGGAAUAAUACAAAUAUCAACAUUAUUGAUACACCAGGUCAUGUAGAUUUUACAGUAGAGGUUGAGAGAGCAUUACGGGUUCUAGAUGGCGCUGUUCUUGUAUUGUGUGCUGUUGGUGGAGUACAGAGUCAGACAUUCACCGUUAAUCGCCAGAUGAAACGUUAUCAAGUACCAUGUAUAGCUUUUAUAAAUAAACUUGACAGAAUGGGUUCAAAUCCUGCUCGAGUUCUAUCACAACUAAGAACCAAGUUAAGUCAUAAUGCAGCGUUUUUACAACUGCCUAUCGGGCUAGAAUCUGAUCAUGAAGGAGUGAUAGAUUUAAUACAACAGAAAGCUAUUUAUUUUAAGGAACCAUAUGGGUUAAAUAUUGCUGAAGAUGAAAUUCCACAAAAUAUGAGAACAGAAGCAGACCACAAAAGACAAGAAAUGAUUGAGUGUAUAGCCAAUGUUGAUGAAACUCUAGGAGAAAUUUUUCUAGAUGAACGAUUACCGACAGAACAAGAUAUUAAAGCAGCAAUAAGAAGAUCGUGUGUAGCAAGGAAUUUUACACCAGUUUUACUAGGUACAGCAUUAAAAAACAAAGGUGUACAGCCCUUGUUAGAUGGCAUCGUGGAUUUCCUUCCCAAUCCUUCAGAAGUUACAAAUUAUUGUCUUGAUAAUUCUAAAGGAAUUGAUAAACCAGAACGUGUUGUGUUAAAUCCAGAAAGGCAACAUACAAAUCCUUUUGUAGGAUUAGCAUUUAAACUGGAGGCAGGUCGAUUUGGUCAAUUGACGUAUCUGCGUAUAUAUCAGGGUGGAUUAAAGAAGGGUGAUGUCAUCUACAACACAAGGACUCAGUCUAAAACAAAAGUUUCACGAUUAGUCCGUAUGAACGCUGAUGAGAUGGAAGAUGUAAGUGAAGUAUUUGCAGGAGAUAUUGCUGCCUUAUUUGGUAUUGAUUGUGCCAGCGGUGAUACCUUUGUUAAUAAAGGCAAUAUGCAUCUUUCUAUGGAAUCUAUGUUUGUUGCAGAACCUGUUAUAUCGAUGUCUAUAAAACCAGCCAAGCAAGCUGACAUUGAUAACUUUUCUAAAGGUAUCGCAAGAUUUACUAAAGAAGAUCCGACAUUCCGUGUACAUUGGGAUAAUGAAAAUAAAGAAACAAUUGCAUCUGGUAUGGGUGAACUUCAUCUUGAUAUAUAUUCUCAGAGAUUGGAAAGAGAGUUUGGAGCUAAAUGUGUUUUAGGAAAACCCAAAGUUGCUUUUAGAGAAUGUUUGUUACACACUGUUGAGUUUGAUUAUCUUCACAAGAAACAGUCUGGAGGUCAAGGUCAGUUUGCCCGAAUCAUCGGUAAAAUUGAGCCAUUACCUGCAGAAGAUAAUACGAAAUUGUCAUUUGAAGAUCAAACAACCGGUACAAAUAUACCGAAACAAUUUAUAUCAUCAAUUGAAAAGGGGUUUCGAAAAGCGUGUGAGAAAGGUGGUUUGUCUGGACAGAAAGUGGCAGGUCUUAAGUUUAUAAUACAAGAUGGUGUUACCCAUCCAGUAGAUUCCAGCGAUCUUGCAUUCUCUACAGCAGCUGAAAUGGCUGUCAAAGAAAUAUAUUUAGAUCCAGUAUGGAAUAUAUUAGAACCGAUCAUGAUGGUUGAGGUUAACACUCCAGCAGAUUUUCAGGGUUCUGUUAUGAAUAGUUUAACAAAACGGCAUGCUGUUAUCACUGGUACAGACGCAUUAGACGAAUAUUUUACUCUAUAUUGUGAAGUUCCAUUAAAUGAUAUGUUUGGCUAUGCUACAGAAUUACGAUCGUUAACACAAGGUAAAGGAGAGUUUACAAUGGAAUAUAGCCGCUAUUGUCCAGCUUUACCCGAUACUCAAGAAGAAUUAAUACAAACUUAUCAACAGGAUACGGAGCAAUCACACACAAAGAAAAAAAAGAAAAAUUAAAAGUCACAUAUUGAAAAACUUUCACUCAUUUUGGUACGUCCACCCUGUCCGUUGGUCUGUCAGCUUUUGGCUCAUUAUCGCUAAAUAUAGGCUACAGAUCUUUUUAAAAUUUGGACCAUGACAGGACGAAACCUAUCAAUGUCCUGUGACCUUCCAUUCUGGAGUUACCCCCCCUCUGGAAAAUGCGAUAGAGGCUACAGUUGGUUUUUCCUCACUUAUGAAUAUGCCACAGCAAGCUUAGCUGUAGCUCAAGUACAAUAUAUUAAGUUGUGUUGUCCCUCAUUUUAUCACAAAACAACUUUGGGAAGAUGUUUGGAACCCAUGAAAUGAAAAGCAGUUUCUAUGCAAUCAUAAAUGUAAUAUAAAGAAGUAGUAUGCAUUAUGUGAAUAUGUUUGUUAUAUUUUGUAAAUGAAAUGAAACUGUAUUUAUUUGUAAAAUAAUCUGAUGUAAUUUUAGAAUAAUAAAUUGAUAUACCAGUAUAUUUAGUGAUUUA